UAUGCAAAAAUCCCUGAUUGUUUUAACAGUGCUUCUUCGGGCGGAGGAGGUGGUAGGGGUGCGCCUCAGCACUAUCCCAAGACUGCCAGCAACAGCGAGUUCCUGGGGAAAACCCCAGGGCAAAACGCUCAGAAAUGGAUUCCUUCACGAAGCACUAGACGAGAUGACGACUCCGCAAAUGACAAAGAACGACAUGAUGCAAUCUUCAGGAAAGUAAGAGGCAUACUAAAUAAGCUUACUCCUGAAAAGUUUGACAAGCUAUGCCUUGAGCUCCUCAAUGUGGGUGUAGAGUCUAAGCUCAUCCUAAAAGGGGUCAUACUGCUGAUCGUAGACAAAGCCCUUGAAGAGCCCAAGUAUAGCUCACUGUAUGCUCAACUAUGUCUGCGACUGGCAGAAGAUGCACCCAACUUUGAUGGCCCAUCAGCAGAGAGUCAUCCAGGACAGAAGCAAAGCACAACCUUCAGACGCCUCUUAAUAUCUAAACUUCAAGAUGAAUUUGAAAACCGAACCAGAAAUGUUGAUAUCUAUGAUAAGCAUGAUGGUCCCCUCCUCCCCGAGGAGGAGGAACAGAGAGCCAUUGCCAAGAUUAAGAUGCUGGGGAACAUCAAAUUCAUUGGAGAACUUGGCAAGCUUGAUCUUAUUCAUGAAUCUAUCCUUCAUAAGUGCAUCAAAACACUUUUGGAAAAGAAGAAGAGAGUCCAGCUCAAAGAUAUGGGGGAGGAUUUGGAGUGCCUCUGUCAGAUAAUGAGGACAGUGGGACCUAGAUUAGACCAUGCAAAAGCCAAGUCCUUAAUGGAUCAGUACUUUGCCCGUAUGCGCUCCUUGAUGUCAAGUAAGGAAUUGCCAGCAAGGAUUCGUUUCCUGCUGCAGGAUACUGUGGAGUUGAGAGAACACAACUGGGUUCCUCGCAAAGCUUUUCUUGACAAUGGACCAAAGACUAUCAAUCAAAUCCGUCAAGAUGCAGUAAAAGAUCUGGGAGUCUUUAUUCCUGCUCCUAUGUCUCAAGGGAUGAGAAGCGACUUCUUUCUGGAGGGACCGUUCAUGCCACCCAGGAUGAAACUUGACAGGGACCCACUUGGAGGGCUUGCUGAUAUGUUUGGACAAAUGCCAGGUAGCGGAAUUGGUACUGGUCCAGGGGUUAUUCAGGAUAGAUUUUCACCCACCAUGGGACGCCAUCGUUCAAAUCAGCUUUUCAACGGCCAUGGGGGUCACCUCAUGCCUUCUGCUCAAUCCCAGUUUGGAGACCUAGGCAAAUCUUUUCUGAAAAGUCAGGGGCAAAGCCAGCUCUACCAUAACCAGAAUCAGGGACUCUUAUCCCAGCAACAAGGACAGUCGAAGGAUAUGCCACCUCGGUUUUCUAAGAAAGGACAGCUUAAUGCAGAUGAGAUUAGCCUGAGACCUGCUCAGUCUUUUCUAAUGAAUAAAAACCAAGUGCCAAAGCUUCAGCCCCAGAUAACUAUGAUUCCUCCCAGUGCACAACCACCACGCACUCAGACACCACCUUUGGGACAGCCUCCUCAACUUGGACUCAAAACAAAUCCACCACUUAUUCAAGAAAAGCCUGCAAAGACCACCAAAAAACCACCUCCUUCUAAAGAGGAGCUGCUUAAACAAACUGAAGCUGUUGUGACUGAAUAUCUGAACAAUGGAAAUGCAAAUGAUGCUGUCAAUACUGUGAGAGAAAUGAGAGCUCCAAAACACUUCAUUCCUGAGAUGCUGAGCAAAGUAGUCAUUCAGUCCCUAGAUCGAUCAGAUGAAGACAGAGAAAAAGCUAGUACUCUGAUCAGUCUGCUCAAACAAGAAGGAAUAGCCACAAGUGACAACUUCAUGCAGGCAUUCCAAAAUGUAUUGGACCAGUGCCCCAAACUGGAGGUGGACAUCCCAUUGGUGAAAUCUUACUUAGCACAGUUUGCAGCCCGUGCUAUUAUUUCAGAACUGGUGAGCAUUUCCGAACUGGCUCAACCGCUGGAAAGUGGCACCCAUUUCCCUCUCUUCCUGCUUUGCCUUCAACAGUUAGCCAAGUUACAAGAUCGUGAAUGGCUAACAGAAUUGUUCCAACAAAGCAAAGUGAAUAUGCAGAAAAUGUUACCAGAAAUUGACCAGAACAAGGACCGCAUGCUGGAGAUUUUAGAAGGGAAGGGACUUAGCUUCUUAUUCCCGCUUCUGAAACUGGAGAAGGAACUGCUAAAACAAAUAAAGUUGGAUCCAUCCCCUCAAGCCAUCUAUAAGUGGAUUAAAGAUAACAUUUCACCCAAACUUCAUGUAGAUAAAGGAUUUGUGAAUAUAUUGAUGACCAGUUUCCUGCAGUAUAUUUCUAGUGAAGUAAACCCACCUAGUGACGAAUCAGAUUCUUCAUCUGCUCCUUCUAAAGAGCAGCUAGAGCAGGAAAAACAACUGCUUCUGUCCUUCAAGCCGGUAAUGCAGAAGUUCCUCCAUGACCAUGUUGAUCUGCAAGUGAGUGCUUUAUAUGCACUUCAGGUUCACUGCUACAACAACAACUUCCCAAAAGGCAUGUUACUACGCUUCUUUGUUCAUUUCUAUGAUAUGGAGAUCAUUGAAGAAGAAGCCUUUUUGGCAUGGAAAGAAGAUAUUACUCAAGAGUUUCCAGGGAAAGGCAAAGCUUUAUUCCAGGUAAACCAAUGGCUAACCUGGCUGGAAACUGCUGAAGAAGAAGAAUCUGAAGAAGAAGCUGACUAAAGAACCAGCCAAAGCCUUAAAUUGUGCAAACAUACUGUUGCUAUGAUGUAACUGCAUUUGACCUAACCACUGCGAAAAUUCAUUCCGCUGUAAUGUUUCACAAUAUUUAAAGCAGACGUUUGUCAGUAGGAUAUCCUCUGCAAAAGGUUUUUGUAGUAUGUCUUUAAAUAGUCUACAAUAAAAAUAUUUUAGAGUAUCUUUAAUGUUUAGGUAACAGUGUAUUAGCAGCAUGCAAUAAUUACAUCAUAAGUUCUCGAGCAGGAGCAGUCUAUUGCAAGGAUCGUCUUUGCUGCCAGUUAUCAUAGGCUGUUUUUAAGUUAGAAAACUGAAUAGCAACACUGAAUACUGUAGAAAUGCACUUUGCUCAGUGUAAUACUUGAGUUGUUGCAAUAUUUGAUUAUCCAUUUGGUUGUUACAGAGAAUCCUUAACUGUAAUCGAUGGUUGUUGCCGUAAUAGUAUAUUGCCUGUAUUUCUACCUCUAGUAAUGGGCUUUAUGUGCUAGGUUUUAAUAUCUUUGAGCCUGGGCAAGUGCACAAGUCUUUUAAAAAAGAAACAGUUUACUUGCACAAAAAAUGAUCAGCUUGGAAAGAUGGUUUAGUGCCCUUUGGAAGAGGUUUUUGUGGGUGUGAAACAUAAAAUGGUAAGAAAUUUGAAUUGGUCCCUCUAUUAUAGUAUUGAAAUUAAGUCUACUUAAUUUAUCAAGACAUGUUCAUGCCCUGAUUUUAUAUACUUGUAUCUUAUCAAUAAACAUUGUGAUACUUGACUUGUUUCUGAAUGUCUCCCAGUGAAAAGCGUUAGCAACUAGUCUGCUUGCUGAAGGAAACAUUAGUAGGAGUUAACUUGUCCUGGGACCAGUUUAAGAUUCUUCUAAUAUCAGAUUUGUGCAGUAUAGAAAUAAAUUCUAAACAAGGUCACAGGCAAGAUUAGAGAUUGUAGACUUACUAUGGUGGGAAGAAAACUGCUUGGCAAUUCUGUUGGAGAAAUAGUAGCAAGAAGGUUGUAUGGGCUGGUGCACUUCAAUUUAAUUAUUUUUUCUGUAAUCAGUGUGGUUGCUUGAAACUUCCCCUGGGUUACAGGUGUGCUGCUUAACUGGCACUGAGUGCCAUUAGCUGCCUGCUUCUCAAAUAGUCAAUUUGACAAAAGUUGAACAGGAUAAUGGAGUUGCACUGUAUGGCUUUGAAAUACCGUCAGUUAAAAACCUUGUUCCCUAGAGCCUAGUCCCUAAUGAAAUGCUUUGUUUCUCUGUCCUACUUGCUGAUAUUAAUUAAACUGAGAGGGAAUGUUGUGUGUUUGUAACAGUAACAUGGUUUCUGUACUGAAACUUUCUGUCUAGAACUGGAAAUGGUCUGAAAAAACUCAAGAGAAACCGCUUGAUCAGGGAAAGAGCUUGCUUUGAGGGAGGAGUAGUUUGCACUUAAGUAACUUAAAGUGCUGUGAAUGUGCAGCUGGGACUCUGGCCUCUGCCACUGUUAAUUCAGUGUGGAAAAAAGGCUUCCUGGGGGUGGUAGGCGGCUAGAGGACUCUGUAGCUAUAAGGUGAAUUUGUGAGUGUCUUUGAAAACUGUCCCAAGCCAACCCCUGAGCUGUUAUGUUGUUUCUCUGCAGGCCCAACGGAUGUUGCUGUGUUACUGCUACCAAGUAAUUUCAGAAAUUAUAUCCCCAGGUUAUUAAGUGGUUCUUGAACCUAUUAAAUUAUGUGCUAAUCUGCUGCUGUGACAUCUAGCUGAGGGUGUGGGUCUGUAUGCUAGGAUGUAAUGCUGCUGAUACAGUAGCAAUUCUUCUCUAACAGGGAAGCUCUAGUGGAUGGUGGGAGGCCUCAGAAAAAUUUUAGUGGAAUAUCUUUUCCUUUACCCUCCCCCCCCAAUGUCUUUGUUAGUUUUCACAAAAGCUGAAGGUUACUCUGUGCUGCCUCUCUUAGCUGUCAAGGAAUGCAACUGAUAUAUCCUACAUCAGCAACACUUAGAGCAGUUCACCCUUGUUUUCAUCUUAAUUCUUAAAAUAAAUUUCCUAAAUAGAUGACCGCUCUACUUGCUAAGGCUCAGCAAAUACCAUAUUUACCUCUGGAAAGUAAAUAAUGCUCCAGCUACUUAGAAAUUCUUUUGUCCUUACUUUUUUGUGAGAAUAGAUCAGUAAGAUUUAUUAUUGCACGACUUAACAUUAAUUUUUAAGAGCGGGUUGUAUUUCAGGAGCUGUGUUGGGUUUUUUUGAUCUGAAUGUGUUGAGUGGUGCAUUUUGUUAAAGUGCUGUGCUCCACUUUCAGGUGGAGGCUACUGGAUGCACAGUUCUCCUCGAGGCCAAGUGCUGCAAAGCAGAGGGGAGAUCAGCUCAUGAAAAUAGAGUACUAAUUAAAGGGUGCAGUAGAGGUGAGAGUAGAAGACAUUAGUAGAAUACGAUGUGCAAGUGGAACAAGAUUGUUAGACAAAUCACAAAGCUACUAUUGGAGAACAGAACCAGUCCCUGACUUGUAUCUGGGCUUUGGAGAAGCCUGGCUU